AUGCCUACUGGAAUAUAUUUGACUGAGGGGCCUGUUCGGAGGUCGCAGGUGAGUGGGAACCCGCUGCUGCGGAAGAUCCAGCGUGCGUGCCGGAUGUCUCUUCCGGAGCCCGACCUGGCGUUGAACCUGGAUGUUGCUGAUUAUAUCAACGAGAAGCAGGGUGCUGCUCCCCGGGAUGCUGUGUUUGCCAUUGUGAAGCUGAUCAAUUGCCAUGAUACGCACACCGCGGUGUUUGCGCUGGCGUUGCUGGACGUUUUGGUGAAGAACUGUGGGUAUCCGGUGCACUUGCAAAUCUCCCGGAAGGAGUUUCUGAAUGAGCUGGUCAAGCGGUUCCCGGAAAGGCCUCCCAUGCGCUACUCCAAGGUGCAGAGGCUGAUUCUGACUGCGAUCGAGGAGUGGUACCAGACCAUAUGCAAGACUGCGAGCUACAAGGACGACCUGGGCUACAUCAGAGACAUGCACAGGUUGUUGAAGUACAAGGGCUAUGCGUUCCCUAAGAUACAGGACGAGCACUUAGCGGUGAUGCGCCCUAACGACCAGUUGAAGACCGCCAGUGAGAUUCAAAAGGAACAAGAGAUCGCCCAGGCAGCCAAAUUGGAGGAGCUAAUCAGACGCGGGAGACCAGAAGACUUGAGAGAGGCCAACAAGCUGAUGAAAGUCAUGGCUGGUUUCAAGGAGGACAACAUUAUCCAGGCCAAACAGACCAUUAACCAUGAGCUGAACAAAUUGAGACGUAAAGCGGACCUGUUGAAUGAGAUGUUGAGUCAAGAACAACCUGACUUGUCAAGUGAAACUAUGGAAGAGCUAUACAGUGCACUAAAAGUGGCCCAGCCAAAAUUCCAGAAGAUCAUCGAAGAAGAGCACGAGGAUGACACGCUAGUGCAGAGUCUUCUUAAAUUCAACGACACUGUUAACCAGUUACUAGAGAAAUACAACUUGUUAAAGAUUGGUAACAAGCAAGCUGCAGCAGCCAUUAACCCAGAGAAUAUCAGUGAAGUGCCUGCAGGUAGCAAUGCAGGUGCUUUGGCUAAUGAAAUUAACUUGAUCGACUUUGAUGAUGAGCCUGCAAGAGAUAGUAGCAACGAUCAACAAGGUGCUUCUAAUGGUAACAACACAUCACUUGAUGACUUAUUUGGUGAUCUCACUUUGGGCCAAGCUGAUACAAACAAUAACAACAACCAAUCCCUAGUCGGAGGUGGUAUUUCUCUAGGUGCUGGUAAACCAUCCGUUGCUACAACUGGUGCCAGUGCUGGUUUGAGUAAUGACAGCUCUGAUCUUUUGGAUUCAGUUUUAGCGUCUCCACCUCCUUCAUUGGUUCAAGCUAGCAACACCCCAGCUUCUACUAAUAUUAGUGCCGCAGAUGACUUGCUAGGUGACUUCGUGUCAAGCCCAUCUCCAGUUGCUAACGCAUCUGCUUCACAAAAGCUUUCGCUGUUUAAAUCAGGUGAUAUAGAGAUUGAGCUUGACCUAGCUAGAGAGUCUGAUUCUACAUUGAAAUUGAAGGUGUUUUUCAAUAACCUUACCUUCCAAACCAUAAAUAAUUUGGUCUUUUCUAUUGCCACACCAAAAUCAGUUCAGCUGAGAUUAGAACCUCAGUCUGGGAACCUGUUAUUAGCAAACUCUAAGGGCGGCAUUACUCAAAAUGCAUGGAUCGACAAUGCACCAACAACAUUGACCAAACCUUUGAAAUUGAAAUGGAAGGUCUCCUAUACUUACAACUCAAGCAAUAAAGAGGAAACUGCUGUUUAUACCUUACCAAAAAUUUGA